GAGGUGGGGGGAGGGAGAGCGAGAGGAGAUGAAGCAAGAAUUUAUGGAGAAAGGUUGGUCAGAGAUUCGGGUUGCAGUUGAGGAGCUCUCUCAGAUAAGGUUGGGCCUACAAUGGCAGUCUUAAGACAAGAUAUACGGCGAAAUGUCGAGAGCGUGGAAGAAGUAUACGUAUCAGAUCCCUCUAUAUACUUCAGCUUAGAAGAGAUACUAAAGAAAGAGACGCGCGACGGGACAAGCAGAAAGCCUGGAAGCUAUUCCAAAGCCGUGGUUUGGUUAGCUAGAUCAAUUUGUUUUAGCCUGGAAGUACUGCAGAGGUUAGAGAAGGGAGCUGAGCUGAGCCUAGAACAAGUUGUUGAGGAAGCAUAUAAGAGCACUCUGCAGCCUUGGCACGGUUGGAUCUCAAGUGCUGCUUACAGGGUAGGUUUGAAGCUCAUUCCGGAGAGAGAGAUCUUCAUCAGCUUGCUUAUAAGCGAAGGUCAAGAUUACGAUGGAUUGAAAGGAGAUAUCAAGAAGUUAGUAUCGCUACUUCAGCCAUUUGUCGAUGAAAUCUAUGCGCUCUUGAGGAAUUUUCAGUUGGACAGACUGAAAUCUACCUAAGACUUCCACCUUCAAUCUAUUUCCAUGUACAUAUACUCUCAAACUAUGAUGUGAAAGUAUCGGGGGUUUAGAAGAUCCAAGAACUAUGUAUGUAGACUAUGUAAGUUAGGGAGGUUUUCUUUGAUGAUUGUAAGUAAUAUUAAAGCUGAAGUUUUAUACAUGUUGGUAUGCAGAAUAGUUUGGUAAGAAACCUUCAUGUAAAAUAAACAUCUAGUUUUUAAAAUUUAGUGUUUUUGUGCUGUAA